GGCCUACAACAGGAAAGAUAUUCUACAACUAGACCACGGCUACAAGAUCAAGAACAAUCCUCGUCCCCGACUGACACACAUGACGUAACGGUCGUGCGUCGGCCAUUGUAUGGACGUGCUGACAACUCUUCGCGUUGGGCUGAUGUAGAAGAAUCGGAUCACGAAGAUUUGACCUUCCUAGACUUGUGGCAGGACUCUAGGCGAAGUCAGCCGAGUGCAACUGGCAGUGGAGGUUCUGCUCUCUUUAUGAAUGUUUCUCGAAGAUCGAGAUUCUGCUACUGCUUCCUUUUAUUAGUUUGCUUUUGAUUUUGUCUCAUUUCUCUCAAGGUCAAAAUGAAAAUUUUUUCUUACAACAUCGAUUUCUUGAUCAUUAUAUUUUUCUUUCGAUGGUGAAGAUGCAGAAGGUGUUAUUUAAGUGGUUGUGGUUCGGGAAGUAGAGGCUCCUUUGGUAAAGCUAAAGAUCAUAGAGAAGUACUAAAUUGCUUGUAGUACUACUUGUAGAAGAAGUCGUUGUACUAGACACCACGACUAGUUGUACAACUACUAGUAGAUAUAAUUUCUUAAUGCUAAUGUUCUGGUUCCUUAUCCUUCGUCCUCUAAUGUGAUAGAUUCAACGCCGACCACGACUACUGAAGAUAGAGGUUGUAGAAGUGCUGCGUCUGCUGCGUCGUCAUCAUCCGAACGUGGUGGCAGUACCACUGCAUUUAAGGCUUGCCGUAAUUCAUCUUAAGAAGCAUCUUUGAGCCCUUUGCUCAGGGGAGAACACGGCAAAGAUGCACUUAUAAAGAUGAAUACAUGGGAGGUCUAAUGCUUGCAGUAGUCCCACGCUAGGACCUACGGGGAGCCCGAGUGGUCCUGGUGCUGGUGGGAGUCCACAUACUUCGAACGCGAGUACUAGUCCUCCAGCUGGUAGUAGCCCAAUUCUAGGACCUUGUUCUUCUAUGUCUGUGGGGAGUGCUAGUGCUAGUAGUGCUAGUUGUGCUCCGCCUGCAAGUAGGAAAGCUAAUGAUCACCGUGCUCGAUUUCAAGCUAUGCUAAGCGAGAAGGCCAAGUCGCUUGCGCCUGAAUUCGUUGCAAGAAGUACUCGUGCACAUCAUGAGGGAAGUGGUGGAAGAUAUCAUGACUAUACUAGUAGUAGAAGAAAUAUCAACGAGUCUGGAGGUGUUGAACAAAUAAACGUAGUCAGAGUGUUAGCGGCUUUGCAGACACCUCGUGACGGUGAAAAAAGCGAAGAAAAGGGCCGCCAUAGCUGUAUUGUGACCGAUACGAAGACGGCGAACUACAUGAAGGACCCUUUAUUGUCCCGAAUCUCUACAAGUGGCGGUAGUCCUUCUAGUUCGAGGAGUAAAGUUCUUGCUGUUGGGCAGGAGGUUGACGAUAGAGAAAUCACGACUCCUGCGAGUACUGCCAGGAGCCCUGUUGACGGUCUUCCUCUCACUUCUAAAAGUAAUAUAGGUGCAGGAGGUAAAAAAGGUCAUAAGAAAAACCGUAUUAAAGCAAAUCAACUGCUACAACUACAUCCAGAUGAUCAGCAGAAACAAGUUAAAGAGCAGCAGCGUCUUCCUUUUCAGAAGCAGAAGGCAAAAGUAGAGACGCAUGUUGAUGAAUGGCCUGAUUUGAUGACUGGUGCUGCUUUAGCCAAAAUAACGAAGCGUUCUUCGAGAGAAACUGAGGUAGAAGGAAUUGAGGUAGAAGGUGCCAACAUCAACCUAGUAGGAGGUGCUGAGGAUGUUGAGCUUGAGAUGAUGACGGCAGAUGAAGACCAUGAGCCACGACGAGGUGAAACAAGAAAAUCUUCUAUUUCUACACAGCAGCAAAUGUACGAUCAAGACUGUGGUAUGAUGGCAGCAGUGCCCCUCGUGUCUUACGCUGCUCCACCUCGUGUUUUCAACAUCUAUCCCGCUGCUGCUGCUCCUGCUGCUUCAUCUUCCUAUGAAAAUAGUAGUAGUGCAGAAUGCCAGCAACAAGAACAGUUGCAAGGUACUCCUACUUCCGCAUCCACAACCUAUACUGGAGGAUGCAGCAACUGGUGGGGUAGUUCAUCAGAACAAGGAAUUGAUGCCUGGGCUUUGAUUCCCUAUCAAGCUGAUCAUGUGUCUUAUUCAUCUGGAACAAUUGCCUAUCCCUGUGCGUUUUACGACACAAGAGCUUCCUCAGAAACACAGGGGCACCACUUUGGCGAGGGCCCAGAUCUUCUCCAGUUUUACGUGCACAGCAUUGUUGGCCAUACGAUGUGGCUAAGUAAUGAAUUUCUGUGGGGAAAUACGCUGAUGCCGAUGCGGCCAAACGCAAAGUUGUUUCGCGAAGGCUUUGAGCAGUACAAAGUCGGCCAAGUUCGAGGUGCUCUUCACAAUAUUUAAGGCUAGUUUUUCACUAUCCCAUGUCGUGGACUAUGCUGAGCCGUGGGGUCUCCCGUGAUUUAAAGUUGAAAAUAGGGGAGGAAAGACGUAUUACCUCUUUCAACUAGGCAUAGCGAAAGACUAGCGCUAAACUAUGUUCAACCCCUUACCGAACGCCUCAGCACAUUACUACAAAAACAAGUAUGGAUAUACAACUGGAGAUCGGAAGAUAAUACGGCAUGGUGAUGCGGAUUCAUCUGUACGAGGAGGUCGUAUGGGGAAAAAUACAGGAGGCUACAUCAAUAACAGGAAUGAUCAAGUUCAAGGUGGAGACACAACAACAAGAUAUUAUAGGUACAUUUGUGGCCCAGCAGGGUCCACGUCGAAGUUGCGCCAGAACAAUCAGCCCGGUUCUUGGACCCACACACGUGUGAAACCGGAAUCCUGGUGGUGGAGAACUCCGCCAAAAAUCCAAAUGCUGCUUUGGAUGGAGGAGAAACACGUCUGGGAAGUGAUUCCAAGCGAAUAUGACGCUCUUUCCUUAAGGAGGCGGGUACAAGUGUUACUUCUUCACUACCGGAAUUAUAGUGUUGUAAUCCUUUGAGUAUGGAGGUAAAACUGGGGACGGCGGACUGAGUUCUUGAUAAAUUCAACAAAAUGAGACAAAAUGAAAGGCAUAGAAAUGGAUAAGUACGCGAGAUAGAUUAGAUCGAAGUUCUUCAAUCUGAAUCAGAGGUCCCUUCUAAUUUGAGUAAAGCACUUGGGUGAAACGCAGAAAGCAGAACAGCGUUUUCGGAGGGCAAAGGGUCGCUGGGACACCAGAUCCAUUCAAGAGCCAGGACAACGUGAUGUUAAGAGUUGAAACAUUUCAUUUUUACAAGCCUUCUUUACUCGAGAUUGCUACUAAAAAGCGAAAUGUUUCAACCUUUAAUGAUGCUUUCACUUCCAGCAGUAUGAACACGAGCUCCAACAAGAACAAGAUGAAAACAGAAGCAGACUAUACUACUUCUAGUACUUCAAGUUCAACUUCUUCUUCAUCUCCUACUUCAGCGAUCGAUGAUGCUACGGCUACUCCCGUCACACCGGUUACGACUCCAGGAACCAAGCAUGCUCCUAUCGACCUGGAGUCGGAACAUCCAGCAGAACAAGAGGAUAUUAAAGCCCCAGCAUUCUACUUGGAAGUAGGAGAUUUCGUGGCCACGGAGAGGAGCACGCAAAACGCAACGUCGAUAUCUUCUGGUUCGUCAGAUGCUGAUGCAGGAGCAGCUUUGUUAAGGCACAGCAGGUCUUGAUUAUCGGUUUAGGUUUUGGGAUCUUCAAGAACCUGAAGAUAUCACUGACUGCGAAUGUAGUUACGACUUCUAGGCCGCUUGGGUUGAACCUCGGGAAGAUCAUACAGCCAGCACAGGGACCAUACAUACUUUUUCAUUUUCUAACAUUCGCUCAUCUCCCUCCUGGAUUUAAGACAAGUUGUGGUAGUACUCACACGAAAAACGAAAGCGAUCUUCAUAGUCUAAAUAACUUUUCUUCUUGAAAGCCUAAUUCUGAAUAUGUAAGAACCCGAUCGGCUACAUGUGCUUUGUUUUCAGAAGCAGAAUUAAUCGAAAAACUACAUGAAGUUGAGCACACCGUAGUUCAUCUAAAAAUGUCUCCUGAUUUACACGAGCGCGCGCGCCAAGUUUCGUUGAAUCGGGCUCAAAAAUAUGUCGACGAUGCCAUCCAGAACGGUUGGAGUGACAACGUUUCUGACUACGUAGUGCCAUUAGCCCACGCUUCGCGAGUGGUGGUUCCAGAAGUAAGUACUACAUCUCUGGCCAGUGGUGUGCUGCCAUUGCAGAUUAAGGAGACGCUCUUCUUUGUUGAUUAGAGGCACGACCAGGACCAUGAAGAGGUGGAAGGGAUGAUUAGAUUCAUCUGAUUUAGACGAGAGGGGUAAAAAUGUUGAAAAUAGAAUGAGGCGAGGACUGUCUGUAUGGUAUGUAGUUGUUGGAUGCGGAUAGUCCUCUGGUUGAUGAGGCAAUGAUAACAAUAUUGAAGAGCAGUGAUUCAACUACUUAAAGCAACUCCGUAUCUAAAUCUUUAGAUUUGUCUGGAUAAAAUAAUUCAUCAUCAAGGAAGGAGCACAUCGGGAGUAGCACAAUCUGUUGAAUGAUUUCUCAUAAAAAUGCUUUUGGAAGAUUAUUAUCGUUGAAUUCGUAACAGGAAUGGAAGAUAUCGACGCAGUACUAUCAACGAUAAAAAAGAAUUAUAGUUGAAAUCUAGCGAGGACAACGCAAUAAAUUCGUAGAAACGAUCCUCCACUACAAGAAUGAAAAUUAUCUCGAAUUCGCAUGUCUAUGUGCAACAUUUUUUACAGCUAUUGCUAUCGUAAAUCAAUGCAUCAAGAUCGCCUACACGAACAUGCUCGUCUAUUAGAAUCAUUGUUUCGUCUUCAUUCGAAUACGAAUGCGACAAUCAUACGGAGCUAUGAAGAGUUUCAUUUUUGGUUAUGAAUAUCGCUGUCAGGCGUUCUUGUCCCAUGUUGACGUGAUGCGUCGUCGUCGUCUUACAGACUUAAAAGCAAACGAAGAAUAAGAGGAUCUCAACUAGGCCUUACACUAUUUGCAACUUGUAUGUUGUACUUCAAUCUCUGUUGUAUUGACAGACAAAACGAUUUUCCUUCCACCUUGCAUCCAACAACAUCCAAUGACACUACGAAGAAUCUGAAUACCCUCUGUCCACGUCCACUCGAAUGAAGUCCUCACAAAGAA